CCCGCUCGAGAAAGAAGGUGAUGUGCCGUUGUCAUCGUGUUGUUGGUUAAAACGCAAAAUAUUCUCUCAAGAAUGCUAUUAUUAAUGAUUGAUUGCGUUUAAUGUGAAUAAGAAAUAGGUAAUUAACAAAACUAAAAGUAAAUAUAUAGAAGAAAGAACAUAGAGGUAAUCGAGGGUGGCGUGCAAAAUGGCUAAAAGAAGCAACAACAACUCGGCUGGACGACGAAUCUACGGUGAGAAGCCGUACGAUGCGAACAACUCUUUUGUAAAAAAAGUGGCCACCAAAGUGACAGAUUUAAUUCCACAAAAAUCGUGGAUAAGUAAGUGGUUUAAUACACCAGGUGGAAAUGGUGAAAUUUCUAAUGAAGGAGACAAUCCCGAAGAACAAGAUGUUGAAGAAGAAACAUUACAGCCACCUACAAAGCGACCACGUAUUAGAAUGGACAUGACUCAUCCACCAGGGACAUUUAAUAUUAAGACAAGAGGAAAAGGAGUAAAGGAAAAGCUCGAAUAUACAAAUGAACAAUAUCCUCUUCCAGAUGAUACAAUUAAUGACUUUUUACAGCCAUCUAUUGCUGCAAGAAAUACUGUUGCAAGAGCAUUUGUUUCGUCAACGCCAUCAAUGCAUCCUACAGUAAGAACUUUAAAUCCUUCAAGAUCUGAUACAAGUCCUUUUAAUCAUCAACAACAACAAAAUAAUGUUACAACAAAUGGUACAGAUGAUAAUUCAGAAUCAAGUGAAAGUACUAGUGGAUGCAGUUCUCUUAUUCCUCAAACAAACAGACAAGAAAACGUAUCUACAUAUAUUAAUUAUCCCUUUGCUAUGAAAAAAGGAUUUAAUAAUGACAAAUUGUCAUUCACAAAUCAUCUUCAAUCACCAAGAUCAUUACUAUUUGAUGGUAGAGACUCUGCAAGUUCUCGAAGACCAAGUUUUAAUUAUUCAAUCGUUAGUAAUGGCAAAGAUUCUGUAUUGUCUUCACCUUUCUAUAGUGGUAACACAACUUUUGGUGGUGCCAAUGCACUUGCAAACUUUCGACCUGGAUAUUCAAAUUCUACAGAUGGCAGUGAUAUUCAAUUAAGAGUUCCUAAAAGAGCAAGUAUUCGAGUGAAACCAUCAAAUUCUUCGACCACAACAGAUUCUUCAGGCAUGAGUCAAACUGCUAAACGUAUUCUCGAAGCACUUGAACAUUUUUCCUCUCCAAUAUCUGAUGCCAAGAAAAUUCCAGUAAAAACUCCCCUUCAUACAAUCUCAGGAAAAAAGAGACCAAGAGAAGAAGAUUCUCCAUCCGUUUCUCAAGUUGGAUUGAGACAUUUAACUCGAGAAUUGUCUGUUCCAACAGUACCAGAUAUGCUUAAACUGAGAAGACGUCAGCGAUUACAAGAUACAACAUUAGCAGCAAGAAGAAUAGUAUCAGCACUAAAUGAACCUCCACCACAAAAUGUUUCUUUGAAUGCUAAUUCGUCUGAAUAUCAUUUGAGAACUGAAAGUGAUGAUAAAAAAUUCUUUGGAAAAUUACGUACUAAUGCUAAGAAAAAAAUCGAUGUUGAAGAACCUGCUGAAACAGUAAAUCUUUCUAAUAUACCGUUGCCAAUAACCAUAAUGCCUAAUUUCUCUCUUCCUUUACCUCCACUACAGAAUAAAUCUAACAAUGAUCUAAUACAGAAGACAAAAUCAUUGCCAUCUAAAGAACCAAUAGCCUUCAAGUUUUCCAGUCCUGUAAAAGUUACUGAAGUAACGAAAAAUCUUGAAUCCUCACAUAGUUUCAAAUUUUCCGAACCAAUUAAUAUAGAAAAAGAAAAAAAUAAAAUUAGUUUUAAAAUCACACCAAUAACCACCGCUAAUUCAACUCCUUAUCUUAAUUCAACUCGUUCUCCUCAAUCACCAUCAACUAAUUUCAUGUGGUCAGGAUCAUCUACUGCACCAAGACCUAAAGAGAAGAAAAUAGAAGUGAAUAAGAAAGAAGAGUCAAAAGGAGUAAGUGUUGCGUCAGAAUUAAAAACUGGUAGUGUUAUGGAUGUUCUUGGUAAAAGAUCUGAAAAUGCUGUCAACAUUUGGGAAUGUAGUGAAUGUAUGAUAAAAAAUAAUGACAGUACUGAUCAAUGCAUUGCUUGUAAAGCUUUAAAAUCAAAUUCAACUAAAAAAACAUCAUCAGUGAGUAAUGUUACGUCAUCCAUUGGAGGAAACGAUGGACAAUUUGGUGCACAAUUUAAAAUGUCUCAUGACAAAUGGGAAUGUAGCAGUUGCCUUGUUAGAAAUCCAAUCAACACUCUCGCAUGUUUAUCUUGUAUGGCUCCCAAACAACAAAAUAAAAGUAAUAGCGGAUCUUCAUCAUUAGUCACUGGAAAAAGUUCAUCAUCCGAUGCAAAGGAUGUAAUUAAAUCUCCCGAACGCACUUGGGAGUGUCCGGGAUGUAUGCUAAAGAAUGCCAGUAAUGUGAUUCAAUGUCCUUGUUGUAAUGCUGCUAAACCAGGAUUGAUUAAGACAAGUCAAACCUCUGUUUCUACGAAAAGCAAUGAAAGUCAAAACUCUAUAAAAACAUGGGAAUGUCCUUCAUGCAUGGUUAGAAAUAAUUCAACAGCUUCCACUUGUGUUUGUUGUACAACUUCACGUCCAGACAGUAACUCAUCUUCAAAUAAAAGUACUGAAAAUACACCAUCAAUAUCGGUAACAAGUGGAUUUGGUGAUCAAUUUAAAAAACCAGCCGGCACAUGGACUUGUGAUACGUGUAUGAUUCAAAAUAAAAAUGACGUCACUAAGUGUGUUGCUUGUGAGUCUCCAAAGCCAGGAACUGCAUCUGAUACAUCAGAUAAAAAAUCAUCAGGAAGUUCAAUUCAAUUCGGUAUUCCUUCAACUCCAUCACAAUUUAAAUUUGGAAUACCAAAAACAGAAGAGAAAAAAACAGACGCUCCUACAAAUGGAUUUACUUUUGGGGUACCAAGUACACAGCCAUCAACACAGAGUUUCAGUUUUGGAAUUCCGAAAUCAGAAAGCUCUCAGGGAACUUCAGGAUUUACAUUUUUAGCAAAUAAAUCGUCUGAAAAAAAUUUGAUAUCGUCCAAGUCAGAUGUAGAACAUAACAGCAGUCAACCAUGUAUUAAUCCACCAUCUAGCCAAGGAUUUACAUUUGGAGUACCUAAAAAAGAGGAAAAAAGUUCUGAACAAGGAAAUAACAAACCAGAUAAAAAAUCCUCACAAGUAAUUUUUGGUAUUCCCAAAUCCGAAAAUUCAGAAGAAAAACCAACUCAACCCAAAAUGAUAUUUUCAAAUUCAACUACAUUGAAUACAGGAAUGACCUCAACUGCACCAGUAACCAAUCAACAGAUAACAUCAACAGAAGCAAAAAAGCCUUCACCCUUUUCAUUCGUCCCACCAGGAUCUGUGGCUGGAAGUAUUGGCAAUAAUACAGAAACUUCUUCAGCACCUUCAAGUAGUAAUCAAGUUUCUUUUACUUUUUCGGAACCUAAAAUUUCCAAGUCAGCAACUCCAGAACGACCAGUGAUUACUUUUAAACAAGGUUCGACUACAAAUAUUACAAAUGCAACGUCAACCUCAAGUGGAUUCUUAUUCACUAGUCCUAAGUUUUCGGAAAUAAAUCAAGCGAGUCCACCAGGGAAAAAACCAGCAUUAAAUUUCGGUAGUACUUCAUCAUCUACAACUGCGCCACCAGUUUUUGGAGUUACUUCGUCAUCUACAACUUCAGAAAAUAAUUCAAAGGAUAAAAUAACUAGUUCACCAUUUGAAACUUCUAUCAAUAAACAAGAUAAAAGUUCAGGAUUCACAGUGGAAAAUAAACCUCCAGUGUUUGGAGUUGAACCAAAACCUCCUGAAACGCCUGCAAGUGCUCCUGUUUUUGGAACAAGUGAGAAAUCAGGAUUUAUUAAUAAUGCUACACCAGCAUUUACAGCAGGCCCAACGAGUGCUCCAGCUUCUACUACUCCUAUGUUUGGUUCUGGAACAAUUCUUUUCGGCAAUAACACUCCCUCAGGCUUUGGAACACCGGGGUCGUUAACAACAUCAAAUAUUUUUUCAUCAGUAAAGCCUGCUGAAACAACUCCAGUAAAUAACACUCCAGGAUUAUUUUCAUUUGGUGGAACUCCAUCACAGCCGCCUCAACAAAAUACUGCGACAGGAUUUAAUUUUAAUUCAAACUCUUCAUCUCAAAAAUCUCCAUUCGUCUUCGGAAAUAAUAUAGCAACACCAGCCCAACCUACACCCGGUACCGGGUUUGGUACUCCGAAUUUUGGAACAUCAAGUACUAACAAUCCUACACCAUCGCCGUUUACUUUCAAUGCACCUAAACCAGAGGCACCUCCUGCAUUCGGACAAACAUCAACUACUCAACUUCCUUCUCUUUUCAAUAACCAAACUGCUGGAAAUAUGGGACAAAACACACUUGCAAGUUCAUUUACUUCAACAACUCCAGGUUCUAGUGGACUCUUUAGUUUCGGAGCGCAAACACCGGGUACUGGAUCUUCUACUGCAACAGCUUCCAGUGGUUUCAAUUUUAAUGCAAGUGUUACUCCAGCUACGCCUUCAGGUGGUUUUAAUUUCAACGCAGGAAGUUCUCAAACAACAGUAAACUUUGAUCCGAAUACAAAGCCAUCAUUUAAUUUUACAGGCGGGAGUGCACCAACUGCAUUUAAUGCACAACCUCAACCACCCAGAAAAAUAAAAAAAGCAGUCAGAAGAAUGCCUGCAAGAACCACUUGAGAGAAUAUUCUUUGACGAAAAACCAUUAAAAUUUCGCAUGAGAUUUUAAUAUUAACGGAAAAUCGUGAUAAAAAUAGGUGAAAAUAAAAGUUGCCAGAGAAUUAUUAUAGCAAUUAUUAAGUUGCAUACAAUUAUUGAUAAAGAUAAAAAAAAAGAAUAGUAAUUAUAAAUAAAAACUCAUCAGUGAUUGUAAUUCUGCUACUAGUUAUGACAAAAUUUUAUUUAUUGUAAGAAGGGAAAUAUUAAAAAAAGCUAUAAGCAUGGAUAAAAAUCAUAUAUUGUCUACAGCAAAGAAUACCAUCUGAUAAAAUUUUGAUCACAAAUGAUAUUCAUGCAAAAUAAAUACAAUUAACGAAAAAACA